ACACGCUGACUUCCGACUGGUCGAAGAUCGGAGUGUAAACACUGACCAACGAUGAUCUAGAUUAGUUAACGCGAUGGCGUUUCAAACUGGGUUACAAAAACCUAGUGUAAAAUAGGUCUCUGUUGCAAAACUGCAUUAUCUGUUGUGUUUACACCUGAGUCUAGCUGAAUUUCAUUUCGUUAUACCGUAUACACCUGUGUAUAUGUACAAUAGCAAUAAAGUUUAGUUUAACUGAAUUGCCCAUGCGGGCGGCUUUGCGGGUGUUUUAGCGCAUUUCGCUCGGUUCCAGGAUCCACAGACACGUGACAGAGCCUCGACUUUAGACCGCAGUGACAAACCUAAAACCUAGAAGUCAGUUCAGCUGUAAGCUCGCGGGGUAAAACGUGCAGAGACGACUACUUCAUCUGCGCGCGCCCAACUCCCCGUUUACCGAAGCUCAGCUGAUCACGACUUGGCACGUGAGUCAGCCCUUCCCGUUAGAGAAACACGCGGGGGUGCGUGAGCUCGCUUGCAGCGGUUCUGAGCUACGAGAGGACCCUCGCCGUUGUCGCGGAAUGCUAAGGAGGGUCGGCAGCUGUUCUCGAUAUAAAGUCAUUUAGCCAAUACUAAUAUAGCACAAGGGAUUACGUUUGAGAGCCUUUAAAACACAGCUGGCUGUAAAGAAGAGAUCACCGUGCCUACAGCCGAGUGUGGGCUGAUCUCCGCGAUGACCUCGGUGCCCGCACCUACCCACGUGAACCUGGGCUCCGUCUUCCGCCUUUGCUCCUCAACGGUACUGUUUGGUUUCGCUCCGUUCUGGGUGGUGAGUGCAACUAUCAGAUGGGGUUUAUAUCCAGACACCAGACACAGAGUGCUGUCUCUGCUCAGCUCCUCUGCUGCUGGGGUCCUCCUGGCACACUGCAUGCUGGACGUGGUUCCCGCCUACCUGAGAGAGAUGACCAAGACGUUUAGUGACCUGGGAGUCACACUGUGUUUCCCGGUUCCUGAGUUCAUCCUGGCCAUGGGUUUCCUCUUACUGCUGCUGAUAGAGCAGGCACUCCUGGCCCAGAGAGAGCAGCACGAUAACCACACAGAGAAAAAGUCAGCUGUGCCGGUGGGCUGCGGCCUCGGCUCCAACGACCAAGCACGGUGUUCCAGGACAGUGCAGGCGUGGCCAGAGCCCUCCGGGGGGAGGGGCUCCGAGGACCACGCCCGUGACGUCUCCCUCUCUGCGGUCCGCGCCUUCGUCCUUGUGCUCUCGCUGUGUCUGUGCUCAGUGCUGGACAGUGGGGCCCUGGUGCAGAGGCAGGGAGGCGGGCGGGGGCCGGACCUCCUGCUGUGUAACGGCCUCGUCUCUUUUAGCCUGGCCCUCAAACUUGCACAGAGCCAGUUGCGGCAGGUGGUGCUGGCCGCCUCUGUAUUGCUCUUCUCGGCUAUGGCUCCUCUGGGGGUGGUGCUGGGUGGAGCGCUCCGCCAGACCCCCCCUGUCCCUCAGUACCAGCUCGCACGUGCCACCCUGCAGGGUCUGGCAGCAGGGAGCUUCAGCUACAUCAUUUUCAUGGAGGUGCUGCCUCACGUGCUGAACACUAGAGGGCAGCGCAUCCCCAGAGCCACUCUGCUACUGACCGGCUUCAGCGCCAUUACUGCAGUCCUGUUCAUUAAACUGUCACUUGAGUGAGCUUGCAGACAGGCUCCAGAGGGCAACAGCAGCAUGGAAAUAGUUACAGGAUAGUUCACACUAAUAUAAAUCUCCUGGGUGGUUGGAUGGUUGGUCUGGUUUCUGAUGUGACUUAAAUUAGUAAAAGGAUGUUUUAUAAACCUUUUUGUUAUAAAACAGUAUGCGUAAGCCAAACGUGCUUCUUCACACAUCACUGCAGGUGAUGUAACAUUCAUAGCUUCCGGAUGCUUACACAACUUUAUUCCAUUUAGCUGACGCUUUUAUCCAAAGGAGAUUAUAAUUCUGACUGAACACAAUUUGAGUAAUUGAGGGUUACAGAUUUUGUUCGGGGACACAACAGUGGCAGGACUUGAACUGGCAACCUUCUGAUUAUUAGUCCAGUACCUUCACCACUGAGGUACCCCUUUACCCAUUAAAGUUCACAUCUGAGUUGUUCUGGCUCGGACAGCAAAGGAAUGUGAACUUCUAUUUAAUUCAUGACUCCAGCAUUGGGUAUAAUUUCAAUUUUGUAUUAGUGUUUGUUCGACAGAUUUUAAAAAAAAUAAAAAUUUCAUCUUUGUCUCA